AUGUUUGCGCCAAAAUCAUUUCGCUUUUUAAGCGCAGGGGCUGUUGCAUCCCUCUUCCUACUUGCACUCCUCUUCUAUUCUCGCCAAUCAAACUCUUCAGUAAACCGCUACAUUCUAAAGACACAGAAGACACAGCCACAAUGUCCCCCGACUACCCCGCAAAAUAACACGUGGGAGUUCAUCGUUGAGCGCGAUGGCCAAAACUACGGUCUUUCCGACGAGCAAUGCCGCAGCGCAUUCCCGAAACUAUUCGUUGAAAUUGAUAAGUCCACACUACUCAGAAAGGAUAACCCCAUUACCUUCAAAGAGCUCGAUUCACAGGAGGUCGAGGACGCGAUGGUGCGGGGGAUUAUCGAUCAGGGAGAGCUCUACAUUGUCGAGUACGCCGCACAACCAGUAACAGCCUCCAGAGCUCGCGCCACUCUAAAUGCCCUCCAACGCGCUUUAACUUCAUUCCCGGACCACCACCUCCUGCCGAGCAUCGAAUUCAUAUUCACAACAGAGGACUUCGCCGAUUCAGCCGGCAAAGGCCCACUAUGGUCCUAUUCCAAACGUGACGAGGAAAACUCAGUUUGGCUCAUGCCGGACUUUGGCUACUGGGCCUGGCCAGAGGUUCAAAUAGGCCCAUAUCAAGAAGUACGCCGGCGCAUCGCGGCCAUCGACUCUGGCGAAACAAUGCCCGAUGGAACAGUGGUUCCGGGCCUUAGCUUCAAAGAUAAGAAAAAACAGCUCGUCUGGCGCGGCAGUCUCGCUACAAACCCUAUCGUACGGAAUAGACUGCUCGACUCUUCCCUCGGAAAUAGCUGGGCUUCUGUCCGUGUUAUAGACUGGGAUGACGAGAACGAUAUCCGCUUUAACCUUCUUCCUAUAGAAGAUCACUGUCGCUACAUGUUCGUUGCGCAUACAGAAGGCCGUAGUUUCUCCGGCCGCGGGAAAUACCUCCUGAACUGCCACUCCGUCAUGAUCUCGCACCCGUUGCAGUGGAAAGAAGCGCACCACGCUGCACUUGUUCCGUCGGGCCCGGAAGCGAAUUAUAUCGAGGUCGACGAGGCGUUCAGUGACCUUGAGCGAAAAAUCAAUUUCUUGAUCGAUAACCCGGCUGUCGCGGAGCGGAUUGCUGAUAAUGCUGUGAGUACGUUUCGGGAUCGGUAUCUUACGCCGGCUGCGGAGGCUUGUUAUUGGCGCCAUCUAAUUAGGCAGUAUGCUUCUGUUUGUAAUUUUGAGCCCGUUUUGUUUUCGACUAAAGGCGGGAAGAAUGUUGCGAGGGGUGUGCCAUUUGAGACAUGGUUGCUUACGCGGUGA